AUGUCUCUAAGAGUGUGUGCCAGAUGCCAUGAAGACUUUGACAAAGAAGAAGAGAUUGUGAAUUCUAACGGUCAAAUUUGGCAUAAAAAAUGUUUUGUUUGUGCACAAUGUUUCCAGCAAUUUCCUGAUGGCAUAUUUUUUGAGUUUGAAGGGCGAAAAUAUUGUGAACACGAUUUCAAUAUUCUCUUUGCGCCAUGUUGUGGUUCUUGCGAAAAUUUUAUUAUUGGUCGAGUAAUAAAAGCAAUGAAUCUCAACUGGCACCCAAAUUGUUUUGUCUGCCAAAUAUGUUCAGUGCCCCUUGCUGAUACUGGAUUUGUUAAAAAUGGUAAAAGACCAUUAUGCAGAGAAUGCAACAAUAAAGAAAAGGUUCUUGGUACAGGAAAGUUUGUUUGCCAUAAGUGCCAUUCGAUAAUAGAAGAGAAACACAUAAAAUUUAGAGGAGAGUCAUAUCAUCCAUAUCAUUUCAACUGUCACAGCUGCAGCAUUGAACUCAAUGAAGAAGCUCGAGAAAUAAACAAUGAACUUUAUUGUCUGAGAUGUCAUGAUAAGAUGGGCAUACCAAUUUGUGGUGCCUGCAGGCGUCCAAUUGAGGAAAGAAUUGUCAAUGCUUUGGGAAAGUCAUGGCAUGUUGAACAUUUUGUUUGUGCAAAAUGUGAAAAACCAUUUCUUGGAACUAGACAUUAUGAGAAGAAGGGCUUAGCCUAUUGUGAAACUCAUUACCACCAACUAUUCGGAAAUAUCUGUUUCGUCUGCAACUGCGUUAUCGCCGGCGACGUUUUUACUGCUCUGUCGAAAGCCUGGUGUGUUGAUCAUUUCACCUGCUCUGUUUGUGAUAAGAAAAUGAGCCAAAAGACAAAGUUUUUUGAAAUGGAUUUAAAACCUGUGUGCAAGUUGUGCUACGAGAAGUUCCCAGGUGAGCUGAAGAAGAGAUUGAAGAAGGCAUACGACUUUCAACCGAAGAAAUAA